GAGGUGGUGGGUGACGAAGAGGAGUGGUGGGUGAGGAGGUGGUGGUGGGUGACGAAGAGUGGUGGGUUAGCAGGAGGUGGUGUUGGUGGGUGGGUGACGAGGAAGGAGGUGCUGAGUGAGGAGGUGUCGGUGGUGGUGGAGGCCGUACAAGGCGCUCGCAAGCUCGGCGCGUCGACAUGGGGAAGGAGAAGGCCGGCUUCCUCACGCCCAAGGCGAUCGCCAACCGCAUCAAGGCCAAGGGCCUACAGAAGCUGCGAUGGUAUUGCCAGAUGUGCCAGAAGCAGUGCCGAGACGAGAAUGGUUUCAAGUGCCACUGCUUGUCCGAGUCUCACCAGCGGCAGCUGUUGCUAGCCUCGGAGAACCCCGAGAACUUCAUGGACUUCUACUCAAAUGAAUUUUUGAGUGACUUCAUGGAACUUCUCAGUCGGAGAUUUGGAACCAAGAGGGUCCACAACAACAUGGUGUACAACGAGUACAUCUCGCACCGCGAGCACGUGCACAUGAACUCCACCAAGUGGGAGACGCUCACCGACUUGACCAAGUGGCUUGGCCGCGAAGGCUACUGCAAGGUGGAUGAGACGCCCAAGGGCUGGUACAUCCAGUACAUUGACCGUGACCCCGAGACGAUCCGGCGCCAGCAGGAGCUCGACAAGAAAAAGAAGCAGGACGUGGAUGACGAGGAACGCGCCGCGAAGUUCAUCGAAGAGCAGGUCCGGCGCGGCAAGGAGGGCCUCGAGGAGCAGGAGGAAACGUCCGUCUACACGGAGCUGAAGAGAGAGAGCGAAUCCCAGCUGGUGACGUUCAGCAUGGGGGCCGGCACCAGCUCGUCGUCUGCAUCACUGAGACCCAGUGCCCUGGCGAGCGCAAUACAGCCGGGCGGUAGCACAAAGAGGAAGGAGAAGGGCCCCGUUGUGGGCGAAAAGGAUGGCAAGAAAAAGAAGUCUGCGCUCGAUGACAUCAUGGAGAUGGAAGAGCAGAAGAGGAAAGUGCAGAGAAGCGACUACUGGCUCCAUCCGGGUAUCGUGGUGAAGGUGAUUACCAAAAAGCUGGGUGACCGGUACUUCAAGAAGAAGGCUGUUGUUCAGGAGGUGCAGGGGAAGUAUGUGGCGGUGGUACGCAUGACAGACUCGGGUGACAAGCUGAAGGUCGACCAGAUGCACGUGGAGACGGUGCUGCCAGCGCUAGGCCGGAAAGUGCUGGUGCUGAACGGAGGCUACCGCGGUCUGGAAGCCGUGUUCAACGCCAUCCAUGAGGACCGCUUCUGCGUCAGCAUCACCAUCGACUCGGGCCCCCUCAAGGGACGGAAGCUUGACAACAUUCCGUACGAGGACAUCUCCAAACUCGCCUGAUGACGAUUUCCCACGACCUCUUUCUCAUCUUGGCAAUCAUCUCAAGAUUAAAAUGUCAUUAGGGCCACCACAUAUCCUCAAUGUCAACGCUUUCUAUCCUCCACCAGAUUCUGCAGUUGCCAAAUGCACGGUAGAGGCCUCCCCAAAUCACACCGCCAUCUGGUGUUAGGUCCUUUCCCUUAUGGUUGUUGAACCAUAAGGGGAAGGUUGGUGGCUAGAACGAUAUAACAGGUGUAGCUACUUCAUUCCCAGUGUUUGUGGGUGCCAUUGGACUUCUUGAGGCUCAUCUGACAUUGCUGAUAAACAGUUUAUCCUUGGUCCCACGACCCUCUGUCACAGCGUGUAAAGUAUACAGUCCUUUAAGAGGUCCACUCUCCAAAACCUAGGUGUUGUGGCACACGCACGCACACACGUUCCCGCGAUUUCUAAUUGAGGGUGGUGGAUCAUACGGACAUCCUCACAUAUGUUGUUAAGACUUACAACCUACCGGGCUGCCAAGGUCACAGUGGGGUGGCAGUACAGGAAACAGAGUUCUUGACCCGUCUUGCUUGACUUUUUGAGCUUUGUCUGCUCGCACGCGCGGUGGGAUUUAUGCAGAUCCUUUGGUUUCCUCCCACGUGUGAAACACUCAUUGAAAAAAAAAAGGAAAUUGUAUAAACGUCGUCAAUGCAGUUGUGAGGCUUUCCUGGAUAAACAACUGUUUUUAUUAUAAAUGAUCCAGAAGCCACACACAAACUGCAGGGGAAAUUUACACUGCGGCAUUUCCAACCAGAAGAUUGGCUGUGCAGGUUUGGGAGUUUACAAAUCUAAAGUGUGAGUUGUUCAUAGGAACAUGUGACUAUCAUAAGACAUUGCUGCUUCCAAUGAGGUGUGUAGUGGUGUGGUUAAUGUAAAUCGACAGAAAUAAUUCGUUUUUUCCGAAGAUGCAUUUAGCCGUGUGAUUCUACAAGAGAAGACAAUGUUAAACACAUUAAAGUAUUGUUUUUUUGUAUCUCCAAUUAAUUAUCUUAAUGGUGAUAAUAAUGGAGUGGCAGCCAAGGAAUGGAGUGCGUCAGAGAGGGAUGCCCAGCGAGGAGGCUGAAACAAUCAUGAAGCAGGAUGGAUUACUUAAUAGCAGAUUCGUGAGAGGUUUGGUUUGGUGGCAGCAUUGGGGGAAGCCCUUCAUCCUGCAGUGGAUUGACAAUGGCUGAUGAUAAUUUUAUUACAGUUUCCCGAAGCAUAUCUCACAGUUGUCCUUAAACUAUAUAUUUUUAAAUAUUCGCAUACAUACUCGUGCAACAACCGCCGUUCGCCACUAAGUGGCGGUGACAGCACGGUGUUUUUGCCAGGCGAGGUGCACCUUGAGGCCACGUGAAGUGUCGAAGGCUCGCUGGUAAGAGGUCACGGGGCAGACACUCGUGCAUGUAGAGACACAUUCAUACACACAUACAAAGACCCUUUCGCCAUACAGGUGGUUGGGACAAAUGCAGACACUUGGACACGUUCACUCUGGUAGGGGAAAUGAAGGUGAGAGUGAGAGAAUCUUACAUUCGUAAGAUAUGGUAGAUCAAAUAAAUAUCACAUUAACGAGCAAAAGAGAAACGUAGUUUAAACAGGAGUAACAAAAGAGUCAACUUUAAUGGCACAAGAGUGGCGAAACGCCGUCGUUUCCUGCCAACUUGGAAGUUGAACGUGCAAUGGCGCUCUGACAUAAAACGAUUAAACUUUUAUUUUACUGUUUAAGGCUCAUUGAGCUAUAUAGUGGCUUAACGUGUGCAAAUUUAUAGCAACCACCGAAUACUCUAAAGAGAUGCAUUGUGUGUAAGGGCGCCUUAUAAACCUCAAUUGAACAGGAAGUAGACGCACAACAACAGGGUCGGUACUAAUUCGUAAUUCACACAAAAAUCAGUUCACCGCCUUGUGUCAAACAGCCCCUGAAGAGAUGCCAUGACUACGAACUACUGUUGAGGACCCUGGAGUUGCCAGAGAAGCGGUUUGAACUUGAAUCCAGCAACGGGGACCCCGUUACUCAACAUCGACAUUGAAAACAAUUACCCCCAUAUUUUUGAAUUUCAGUAAUUUAAGGAUUAAGCAUAUGGUGAGUCAUCCCGUACUGCGAAUGUUUGCAGGACUCCCCUGCAAAUUAGUAGUUUAGGCUUUGUGAGGCUUUGCUGGUUAAAUGUAAGGGAUUGAUUGAGCCGUUUAAGUAUCAUUCUUGUGUUAUCUUUCACUUGCCAGUAGCUGUUAUUUUUUACCAGCCUGUAAAUGUCUGUCGUUUAGCUGGGGCGCUUGUACGAGUUUGUGCGCUCGUUGAUUAAGCGAUGCUUAUUGCCUUCGUAAUAAACGACUUAUUGUAUUUUUUAUGGA